CCCGGCCCCGCCUGGCUCUAUGGACAGGAGCUCGCUGCUGCAGCUUAUCCAGGAGCAGCAGCUGGACCCUGAGCACACAGGUUUCAUCGGUGCGGACACCUUCACCGGCCUGGUGCACAGCCAUGAGCUGCCCCUGGACCCGGCCAAGCUGGACAUGCUGGUGGCCUUGGCCCAGAGCAACGAACGGGGCCAGGUCUGCUACCAGGAGCUGGUGGACCUGAUCAGCAGUAAGCGCUCAAGCAGCUUUAAGCGGGCGAUCGCCAAUGGACAGAGGGCACUGCCGCGGGACGGGCUGCUGGAUGAGCCAGGCCUGGGUGUCUACAAGCGGUUUGUGCGCUACGUGGCCUACGAGAUCCUGCCCCGAGAGGUGGACCGCCACUGGUACUUCUACCGGCACCGCAGCUGCCCACCCCCCGUGUUCAUGGCCUCAGUCACCCUUGCCCAGAUCAUCGUGUUCCUGUGCUACGGGGCCCGCCUCAACAAGUGGGUGCUGCAGACCUACCACCCCGAGUACAUGAAGAGCCCACUCGUGUACCAUCCCGGCCACCGUGCUCGAGCCUGGCGCUUCCUCACCUACAUGUUCAUGCACGUCGGCCUGGAGCAACUAGGGUUCAACGCGCUCCUGCAGCUCAUGAUCGGGGUGCCCUUGGAGAUGGUGCACGGUCUGCUCCGCAUCAGCCUGCUCUACCUGGCCGGUGUGCUGGCAGGCUCCCUGACUGUCUCCAUUACCGACAUGCGGGCCCCUGUGGUGGGGGGCUCUGGUGGGGUCUACGCCCUGUGCUCGGCACACCUGGCCAACGUCGUCAUGAACUGGGCUGGGAUGAGGUGUCCCUACAAGCUGCUGAGGAUGGUGCUGGCCUUGGUGUGCAUGAGUUCCGAGGUGGGCCGGGCCGUGUGGCUCCGCUUUUCCCCACCACUGCCUGCCUCAGGCCCCCAGCCCAGCUUCAUGGCACACCUGGCAGGUGCGGUGGUAGGGGUCAGCAUGGGUCUGACCAUCCUGCGCAGCUAUGAGGAACGCCUGCGGGACCAGUGUGGCUGGUGGGUGGUGCUGCUCGCCUAUGGCACUUUCCUGCUCUUUGCCAUCUUCUGGAACGUCUUCGCCUACGACCUGCUGGGCGCCCACAUCCCUCCACCUCCCUGAUGGGCUCCCCAGGGCUGCACAGGCCAGGGCACAGGUGUAUGUGGGCUGGCCACCAGGCAAGCCUGCAUGUCUGCUGUCUGUGAAUGUAUAUCUCAAGACUGCUUCUCCUCUGUGGGGGCAGGUGUCCCCAGUAACCCACUGAGUCCAGGCCAAGCCUUACACCAGCCCUGGCCACCCCCUCCCAGGCCUGGGGAGGUAGGACUGCCUGGCCAGGCAGUGGAGGUCCCCAGGUGUGGCCCCAGAGGAGACCCUGCCCCGGCCUCUCCCCCACGAUUUGCGGUCUGAGCCUUUUUGGAGAAUGAAUAAAUAUUUUAC